AGCUACAGAUUUUAUGGUCUUUUUAUGUGGCCAUAGUUUUGCUUUCGCACUGGCCUUUUACGAGCGUUUUAUAACUUGUUUACAUUAGGCGAGUGAGCUGGCGAACACCACCCGAAAUGUCACGUAACGGAAGUGCUGGGAAUCAUUUUAUGCAAAAAUCCAUCAAAUCGCUGGCGGGCUGCAUAAAAAUCGUCGUAAAGCGAUUGGGCUUGGCUCAGAACUCCAGCAGCUGACAUGGAUAUAUUCGAGACUGGAGCAGUGCAACGAAGCGAUUUACUGAAGCGCUUUCCGUAUCGAAUAGGGUAUUACUACAAGUAUAGUAUAGUGUACUACAAAGCAACUUUAAGCACUCCAGUCGAUGAGAUGCAGCAGGUCACUCAAACGGUGGCCGUCGCAGGCCUUCUCCUCUUUGCUUGUACCCAAUCUGCGAAACUGAAUAACCAGUCAGAAGAGUCCCUAGAGAUUGGAAAGAUUGAAAAUAGUAUAGAGGCCUCGAUGGGCUAUAUGGCAAAGCGUUUUGAAGAGGGCAACGGCAUCGACGGAAAGCAUUCCAGAGUUAUCUUAAAGGCAUUCAAACUCGGAGACUUUAUAAAGAAAAAGACCCAACAUAAUGUAACAGCAAAUUCAAAAUGGGCUCUUUUUACUUUUAGUUAAUUCUAAGAUCUUCAUAUUUCUCCAUUUCGAUUUUUUCAAAAUAUAAAGAAAUAAAUAAAUACGAGAUCCA